AUGUUCUCCAGUCCUAUCGAGUGGACUCCUGUCAGUACAUUUAAACUCCUUGCAGACGUUAAUCUGUGGGGGAUGGUUGACGUGACUAAAGCAUUUCUACCGUUGCUGAAAAACGCGAAGGGAAGAGUUGUAAACAUGUCUAGUACCGCAGGUAAGUAUGUAACAAAAAAAGCUACACAAUGAGUAAAUAAAAAUUGCUAAUCUUGCGUUUUUGUUUGAAUGUGUGAUGUUAAUUUACGUCGUCUGAUGAAGAUUGAAAAUAACGACGUUACUAAAUGGACUAAAUGGAGUUUGAAAGAUCGUUAGUAUGUUAUUAAUAACUAAGAAUGGUGGUUGACACUCUAAGUUAUCUAUUUCCCAGCAACAUUUUCCUUCCAACGACAUAUUUUCUAUUUUCUUAUCCAAAUCUCCCAGCCAGCGAAAAAUUGCAAGAAGAACAGAUAUUUUGAGGAACAUAUCCAUUGAGUGUCCCUGAAUAUCUCAGUCGACCCCACAAUUUCACAAAUUCAUUCUUCUCUACCACAUUAGGUCUUAGUUAAAUUUAAUAGAACUGAAAAAAAGUAAUUUUUAUUUACAUGUAUAUCUCUUAGACUGAGUGAAUUAAAACCAUUAGAAAAAGCCACUUUGUGAGCUGCUUGGAUAUUUUGAGGUUGCCGUUGGACUGGGUCGAUGUUUUAUCGUAUUGGAUUAUGGGACAGAAUUGGAGGCGCUGUCGCUGUUUUCAUUGGCUAAUACUAGGUCGCAAAAGACACUGGGUCAAAACUCGUCACCCAAAACAGUCCCAUUGUCUGAAAUUGACACAGCAGUGACUCAUAGCCAGUCUUGCACACAACCUAAAAAGUGGCCACUGUGUAUGUAAUGGCAUGUUAUCCUCAACAGGCCGAGUCGCUAUUAGCUUGACUGCAGCUUACUCUGUGACUAAAUAUGGUGUAGAAGGUUUUUCGGACGUCCUCAGACGAGAAAUGCAUCCCUGGGGCAUCAAAGUAAGCAUGGUUGAGCCGGGAGCACACCAAACUCCGAUGACAGACCCUCGUACGUUUGAAAGACAAUUUCGACAAGCCUGGAAUGAGUUAAGUGCUGAGCUGCAGAAGGAUUACGGACCAGAAUACUUGGAAAAAGGUAUUCCUGUAUUUAUUUAUCUUUUAUUUACACUGUCCAUUGCAGGACUGGCUGUAUCAACUCGAAAAUUUGAUCGUGAGAUUGCCACUUUGGAAAGGAAAGCAGUGCCACGUUGUUCAAAUUGCAAGACUACUGCGACAAAACGAAAUAGCGCGAAUAAGUGUGACGUCACGUUACCAAGGUAGCAAAAUUUCUGGGUCACAACAACAGGGGGCUUAAGCAACGACAAGGGUGACGGCAACGAGAACGGCAAAAAAGCAGUACGUUUAUUUUAGUAAAACAAGAACUUUGUACCUGCAUCACGCUUUUUAGUACAUUUCUUAGUCGUCCUUGCACGACUGCGACAUGAAACUUCUUAAUUUCACGCGCCUGCUUUAUGAAAAAGGUGAACACAACACAAAAACUUAGAUACGGGUCUUUCGGAUUUAACCCCAGAAAAUUUCGCAAACAUUUGACAAAUUAAAUGAAACUGAAUAUGAGCAAUGAAGUUUGAAACAAUGCGAAUUUAGUUUUUCAGUGACGUUUUCAGUUUGUUUUCAUCCAGAAAUUUUGCUGCCAUGGCAACGUGACGUAAUGACUUCUCCUCUCUGUCAAUCAGCCAUUUUUUAAAAUGACGUCAUUUGACUUCGGCUGCCGUCUAUGCAUAGUCCAUGUCACGUUUAUUCUCAAUGUGACAGUGAUGAUUUAGUUGAAAAACCUUUUGCGCAAUUAGCAGCAAACCUUAUCUUUUAGAUCGAGUUCUCUAAAGUGACCGGAUAAAUGAGACACAUUCAUUAACGAUAUUGUUCCUUUUUAGGAGUAUCAUUUAUGACAUCAUAUAAAAAGUCACCCAAAACCUAUCAAGUUGUGGACGCUAUAGUGGAAGCGUUGUCGUCACAGACACCAAGUGAUAGGUAUUUGGUUGGUGUGGAUGCACGAUUUCUUUUCUCUUGGAUGACUUUAAUACCUGCUACAGUAGCAGACACCUUAAUGCGCAUACUCCUAAAGCCACCAGCACCGUUGGCCAGGAAGUAAUGUAUUAUUGCACAGGGCACAGUUGCAACAAUCUUUCUUGUGUCGUUUUUGGUUCAAUGCUACUGAUAUGUACAACCGAAGUUGGUUUGUUUUGAAUUUAACUCAAAUUGAUUAGAAUAAUUGAUAAAUGCCAGGAUCUCUUAACCCGGAGCGUGCAACUCCCAUACUAGGCCUAUGCCACGGCGUUUUUAUGGACCAGCGUUUUUGGACUUAUUUUAGGAUUCUAUUUUCCUGCGAAAAUAGAAUCUCCAACAUGAAUUCAGAAUGCAGAAUUCAGCGAAUCUCCAUGUCUAUGAGCGCAUUCGAAAUAUAAGAUCUCAAAAAGGAAAAAAAAAAACGUUAUUAAAAGGCAAAAAAUAUUAUUUUUAGGUCUGUAAGUUUUGCUAAAUGGUUCGUAGAAAUAAAAAGAUAUUCCAAAUUCGCGCCAAAACCGUUCUAAAAAUAAAGUGGUCCGUGAAAACGCCCCGACACGAACGUAUGGAACUUGCUCGCUCCAGGUUAUGGGCUCCUGCAAAUACCACGAUCAGUCAUUCUAAAAGCAUUACAGUUGAUAUUGAUAUAAAGAAAGUUAACAUUACGGCACAUAAUUACUGUCUCCAAGUUAGGACAACUUACUCCUUCUUGGUCCUUCUUUAAUUGUAUUGUGUCUCCCAUCAUAAAGAAAAUCAAAAUUAUGGUAAGUAAACUUGUUAACUUACUCUCAGAGCUAAGAAAUUAUUGGAAACUUGCUUUUAAAACGUCACCGAUUUUAGAAAAACCUGUACUGUAAUAAUUGUUUUCGUUUUGAUAUUGUCAGCCGAUGAAUAACAUCUGUGAAAUUUUCUGAAAGACUUUACUAGUAGUCCCGGGCUAGUCAGGUAUUCCAGGAAUUCUCUUUGCGUUUAGUUUAAUGUUUUUAACCUCAUUUUAGUCGCAAAUUUAAAUGUGUAAUUUUUUACUACUUUUAUAUGUAGGUAACUAAAGAUAAAAGGAAAAAAAACGAAGUUAAUGUUUCUCUUUAUCUACUAAUUACCUCUUUAUGCAUGAUCCCUCAAGUUACCUAGCGUUAAUCCUAGCAUAGUGUUAUGUAUUGUCUUAUAAUUGUAUACAGAUUUUUUCGAGAAAGGUUGUCAGAAAAAAUGUGCUCAAUACACUGUUCCUGUCAAACCUACUUUAGUUGCUUUCCUUUAGUCCUCGCAAACACAUGUCCAUGGGUUGUCGUAGCAUUCUUUUCAAUUUAUUUGAAGAACAGUGAACUCAAAACCACCCACAAUACUUUUCGGGAUUGUUGCGUAAACUUUUUCCGACAACCUUUCUCGAAAUAGCUGUUGACUGCGCGCAAGCUCUCCAUUUACGAAAAGUUGCGUGCAAGCAGCACACGAGAGAACACACGAAAGAAAGGGAAGGCGCCGGUCACUCGCGCGUUCGCGCGCGGUUCGCUUUCCUCGUCACAAGAAAAGUCCGCGUGGAGAGCUUGUCGCGCGCAGGCUUAUAUUUGUACAUCUAGUGGAUUUCCACUUUUGUUUCUGAACUAUUAAAAAGUUUAGUUUUUGACUUCUCGACACCUCUUUGUCCCAUUCAGGGAGUCCAGUGCGAAAUGCAAAUCUUUUUUGCCGUUAUCACUUCCUAGGGUUGUUCAUGGAGAAAUAUCCAAACAAAAAAUGCAAAUGCUGUCAUACUCUAUUAGAGUAAAUAAAGCAUGAGCCACGCCCAGAUACGUCUCCUUUAGAGAUUUAAUUCUAAUUUUCCGAGGAGCAUCCCCGUCACUGUUAUACAUACAUACAUACUACAUACUUUAUUGCAUAGCUCCCCCUUGGGGGCUCUUCCGUCAUACAUACACGAAUUAAAAUAAAAUGAAAUAAAAUAAACUAGAAAACUAUUUACAUUUCAAUGAUAAAAUAACGAAUUUCUAUAAAUAAUAAUGAGCGUUAAUUUUAAAGGCUAUUUACAUUUCAAUAAUAAAAAACUAUCUAUGAAUUAAAAAGAUAUUUAAAAAUUAUCUUUUUAAAAGCGUUAAAAUUUCCAGUUUCUCUUAUAUCUUUAGCUAUACUGUUAUAAAGUUUUGUUAUAUGGGAGUCAAGGCCGUCUCUCUCUAUAUAACAACAACAUAAUAACGAACAUUGGCAGAACUAAAAGUCGCUGGAAUCACCCUAAAACGGCCGAAAAUGCUAAGAAACACCAUAGAUUUAGCCAAUGAGACAAGGUAAGGAACGGUAAGAAAUUCUGAUGUACUUUUAUAACCAUUUUUGACCCCUAAAUAACGAUCGCUUAAAUCCCCAUACAAUCUCUUAGCAAGAGCCAUAUAUUAUGGCUCUUGCCCUUACAAUAUUUCUGUCACGCAACAAUGAUUCUCACUCGUAAGCUUGGGGUACCUGUGGUCUAUUUCUCGCUUGAGUAAGCCACAAAAAAAAAACUUUUACAAUAAUCCAAGCGCGACAUAAAAAAAAGCAUUGGACCAUCAUCUUAAGGUGAUCUUUGCUCAGAUACUUCCUCAAUCUGCCGAUGAAUCGAAUCGCCAGCAUAGCCUUUUUGCAUGUUUCAUUGACUUAUGAUGACUACGAUUGAGCUCUCUAUCUAGGUUGACACCAAGAUCACAAACUCGGUCUGAAAGGAUAUAAAAAGGCACACUUUUCAUUGAUAAUUGAUCAGCUAUUAUAAUUUUGUUGCAAAAGAACGGACCUAGUUACCCACCAGAGAAUAGACGGGUUACCUUACUAGCCUUUUGUUUGACUGCUCGCGCGUACUUGAAUACGCAAAAAUACGGACUGUUUUGCAGUCUACCAAGUGAGUGACCAGUGAGAGUACAGCGACGAAUUUUAUUUUUUAGGAGCGAUUGAAUGAUAGUUCCUUGAUUCGUAACGCAGUAGCCGCCAUCUUUGAUUUUAUGACAGAGGAAGAUUGGGGAAAGCAAAAAUAGCAACCCAUAGGGUAGUCAAUUUGUAACUAGAGCGGAAGAAGGAGACAACAGAGGGGGAGGGGAGAAAACAAGACGAACAAUGAUAAAUUUUCUCUCCUCCCAGCCCCUUGUUUCCUCUUUUGACUCGCCCCAUGGCACAACGUCUGUGUGUUCGGGUCUGAGUCACGCAUUGUUCCUCGCCCUCCGGGGAGCACUGCGUGACUCCUACCCGGGAAAAGUAGUCAACCUCGUUCCCGGGUUCUCUCCUCAUGCCCUCUCCUAACCGUCCCUGCGGUGAGAGAGAGAGGUAGAAGAGAGAAACUGGGAACGAGGUUGGUGACGGGUGGGUAGCACUAAAAGAUUGAAUAAUUGUUUCGCAACCGAUAACAAAAAUAAUUUAUAUGUUUUCGAGUAUCUGAUAUCGAUAUCACCCAAAACAUAGCUAUAGCGGGAGAGGAAAGGAGAAGUCACUCUACCCAUCACAUGGAUUCAACGGCUUAAAAAACAUGUCUUGGUUUAUUCCAGUUGUGAUCGGAUUCUUGGCAAUCUACCUUGUACGAAGGUUGAUGUUAAUAUCAACAGUUGACAUCAAAGGGAAGUUUGUUCUUAUUACAGGCUGUGACUCUGGCUUCGGUCGUGAAACAGCCAUACGAUUGGACAAGAUGGGUGUUUACGUUUUAGCGACUUGUUUAACAAAACAAGGAGAGGAAAACUUAAAGAGCGUGACGAGCAACAAACUGCAGACUUUUCAACUGGAUGUUACAAACACGCAGCAAGUUGAAGAAGUCUACGAGGAAGUUAAAAGAAAGAUACCGUCUGAUGCAGGUAUAACUUGUAACUUCAUUUUUGUUUAACAGAAUACUACUGAUUCGUACAUAGCGCUCUUAAAAGUUUUAGGGUUUAUUCAGUUUACUUGAAUAAUGAUGGCAAUCAUUCUUUGUUCAAAACAUAAGAAUAUUCUUAUGUAAUAUAGAAAACAUAUAGUUACUGGCAAGGGUCAGUGCUAUUUUUACACUUUGUAACAAAAAAUUUAAAAUCCAUUUGCUUCAUUUGUUUUAGAAAAUAGAUAAGGUUAUCCGCUUUGUCAUGUAUCUAUCUGUGUUUAUGCUAAUUUGCUGUUUUGUUGUUUGUGCCCCUGGACUGGGAAAUUCCAUAUUUUAUCCCCCACCCGUCCACUGAAAGAUGGUUGGAAUCCGAGCCUUGACUUUUUGUCGGUGCCCUUCGUAAAAUGGCAGCCGAAGGGUUAACUUUUUGUCGGUGCCAUGGAAAAAAUUGAUUGAAAGGUCCAAAUAUUUUUAGGUCAGGGUUUCGUCACGCGUUCCUUCGCUACUAACGAUUGCAGCAGAUGCACAAGGGGUUAAAUUCAUUUCACUUUGUUCGCAAAUAUCAGCUGGAGAUCACGUUCAGAUUACUGGAGAACAAGCUUAAGCUUACGUAGAGUGACGGAUGAGGGAAUUUAAAGACUGAUUCCUUCGGAUUCGCAUUUGACGUCCUCUUCGAAUUUAGUGUUGGCCAGCAUGUUUUGUUCUGGAAGCUGUCACGGCGCGCAUGCGCAUGGCCAUGAACCGCCGCCUUAAAUCGCGCUUGCGUCACCGUCUUCUUUGAUUAGCCUGAUAGAAUCUGAUCCGCUAUCAUGGGUUAAGCUUUCAUAAAGGCUGUUUGUAAUCUCGUACCCAGAUCUCACUCUGUUUUUCCCUUGGCCCUGGGAGAUCUGGGUACGAGAUUAGGCUGUUUGUGUAACAUGAGAUGUUACAGAGGAACAAUUGCUUGAAAACUUACUCUGAUAACUUUUAGCAGAGGAGGCUCGUUAUGAAAACCCGCAAGCGUCCAAGAUGAAAACAAUGGUGCAGCACGGUGCAAAAUAUAUUGUUUUGUGAGUGAAUAAGUUAAUGCCACGUUUCCGUUGGUCAGAAAUUCGUUAAUGAAAGGUAACAAAAACAAAAUAAAAAGAAGUAUGACAGGCUCGGGCUUCAUAAGAAGGUCCUUUAUUAACCAUGACUCUUUUUUUUCUCUCACUUUGCAUGUUGGCAGGACUGUGGGGGUUAGUGAACAAUGCGGCGAUACUUUCUUUCAGUCCUAUAGAGUGGACCCCAGUCAGUACAUUUAAACGCCUUGCGGAAGUUAAUCUCUGGGGAAUGGUUGACGUCACUAAAACAUUUCUACCGUUGGUGAAAAAGGCGCGUGGACGCGUUGUAAACAUGUCAAGUGCCGCAGGUAAGUACAGUCAAACAUCCUGUAAGCGACCAACGCCACAACGGCGACCUCUGUACAAUGGACUCUUUUUUAGCGGACACUUCAUAGAUCGACUCUUAUUUAAGGUGGCUGAACACAGUUUUGCGGGUGGUCAACGGUAACUCGCAUGACGGCGCGUGUUUUAAAUUAGACAAACAAACAUGGGUGCGAAAAAGCAAUGGUACACAGAAGACGAUUUCUCAAAAUCUACUCAUUAAAAUUUUGUGAUAUUUGGCAGAAGUCUUGCCUUUAUCAUAUUUUAAAGAAUGAGAACUUUAAAAUGGAUGUCGAACAGACGAUUUUGUGACACAUUUAAUAUUUACAGUACAAUUAUAUUAUUGAUUAUCUAAAAACCCGUCUGUUAAAAUUUGGUCAAAUAAGUUUCAAAUGGUAAUGAUUAACUAUAGUAAGCUGGGUAGAAGUUUAUAGGAAAAUCUAAUGAGCGAAUUUUAUGUAAACUGAGCAAAAGUGAAAUUUUAAGGUUGUAUUCUGUCGUUCAUGUUGCCAUGGCAACUACGAAAACGUCAAAUUUUACCUGUCAAUCAAAAUCUUUCUUCAGCUUCGGAACCGGCCCUCAUGUCCGUCUUUAAGAGAGGUGUCUGAUGUAUUGUGAGAGUAGAGGUAACGUGACGCCAGUAAUUUUAAGAAACUAACGCUAAUCCCAUUCGCGAUGAAAAGACACAGCUAAAACUGGAACAUUAUAGCAGAAAAGUGGAAUCAUUUUCUCACUGUGCUAACAAAUGUUCAUUCAUAAAGCAAACGUUCACCGCUUCGUGGCCUUAAAGCGUAACAGUAUAUACUCUGCGCACCGGUGCAAGACUACAAAAUAAUAAUUUUGCAAUUUGCUGUCAUGUAGAGCACCUACACUUCCGUUUUGAGGUUUUUUUCACUGCAUACAGCACUUCUCAAGAGUCCGUUGACGGUCUCAAAAGUGUCCGUUGUCCGUCAGAUGUGUCUGUCUUAUAGAGAGUACAGUUACAGUAAAAUGGGCUGUAAAACAGCAGUGACCAACACCAGGUGUCCUUCUUAGAGAGGUGUUCGUCUCAUAGAGGUGUCCGCUAUAUAAAUGGAGUUGGAGGGUUCAUAAAUAUGUUACUAAACAGGCCACUCUCAAUGGCGUUGAAAAUGUUCCACUGCUAUUUCUUUGAAUUUCUUUUUAUAGAUGACUAAAGUGAAACUUAAAUUACGCGGACACCCUCGGGGACUGCUGUGGUGUCCGCUUAAUAGAGGGUGUCGGCCAAAUACAGUGUCCGCUUAGUGCAGGGUGUCCGCCUAGUAUAGUGUCCACUUAGUACAGGGUGUCCGCCUAAUACAAUGUCCGCUUAAUACAGCGUGUCCACAUGGUUAAGUGUCCGCUUAAUACAGGGUGUCCGCCUAAUACAGUGUCCGCUUAAUAACAGGUGUCCGCUUAAUACAAGUUUCACCGUAAAAGAUUUCCCAAACUAGAAGCCAUUACACAUGAUCAUCUGGUUGGCCAGCUUCUAAUCAUUAAAAUUUAUACUUGGCUCCGAGACUGAGGGGAGUGAAAUAAAAGAAAUAAGUUAUUAUUCACUGAAUCUCAAUGCGAAUUUGGUUUUAUUCUUCUCAGUCUCGGAGCAAAGAACCAAGUAUGAAUUUUAAUGAUUUGAAACUGACCUUCAAAAAAUGACUUUAUAGAGGUAGCACAGUUACCGGUAACCCAGUAGUUUACAUUGUGGCUCAAAAAUAAGGACAGAAACACAUAAUUGAAAUAAAUAUAGCAAGGAUAAGAAUCCCAACUGACCGGACGCAGACCAGUUGGUUAUUUACAGGCGUGACCGAGGAGUCGCACACUGUAUUGCCGACAACGCAAACUCAAAAUGGUCAUACCUACAUGUCAUGGCAUGUUAUUUCUCAACAGCUCGAUUCCCUGUUAACUUGGCUGCAGCCUACAUUAUUACUAAAACUGGUGUAGAAACGUUUUCGGACGUCCUCAGGCGAGAAAUGCAUCCCUGGGGCAUCAAAGUGAGCAUACUAGAGCCGGGUGCACACCAAACUCCCAUGUUAGAUCCUAGUAUGGUUGAAAGACAAUUCCGACAAGGCUGGAAUGACUUGAGUGCCGAGCUAAAGAGGGAUUACGGACCAGAAUACCUAGAAAAAGGUACUAAUCCAUUUCUUCAUAGUUCAUUCUCCAUCAUUUUCUAUUGCAGUGACUGGUGAAGAACCCUGUAAAUUGAGCGUCGCUGUAGUCUCUUUUAAGUCCAAAGCACUUAAGACCCAAAAAAAUUUGGCGCGAGAAAGAAAAAAAGCGUGCUUUUUACGCCCUUUGGAAAGGAAAAGUAAUGUCACGUGAGUCAAACUGGUAGUCUCUGAUUUAUCAUUCUUAGCAAUUAAACAAUUGUGAUGAAACGAAAUCCCGCAAUGAUAUUGGCCACUUUAACAAUGGCGUCUCUUGACUACAACUACAGUUGAAUCUCACAAAUUACAAAGCAGCCACCCGAAUUGACAACGUCUAGUGGACUCUUACAGAAGGUUGUCGCGUUUAAGAGUCAAGCUACGGGGGUUCUUUCGGACAGGUCUGAAAUAUUUUCCUUUAUGCUCAUACUGUGAAUGGUUUGAAGUCAUGACAUAAGUAAGUGGAAUACGAUCGUCCGGAUGAGUGUAGUCCUGAUUAGGACUGUUUUUGACAGUGACUGAGGUUUCAACAGCCUGACUGUCAGGUAGUCAGCUUCUUUGGCAUCUUCUGCGCCGGGUGAUUAAUUUACUUUUUCAUUUGUCAUUGAAAUUAACUUAUACAAUUGAUAGGCAAAAAGCAAUGCUCUUUAUUCUACAUAGGAAAGGAAAAUCGUUCGAUGAUUCCAGCUUGUUCCAAGCACUCAGUUUGUCGGGAAGAGCGAAAAGAAAAAGCGAGCACGAAUAGGGGAAGGAGCUAUACGCAUUCUCACUCGCCCUUUUUUGGAGCUCACUGUUUUUUGCCAUUGUUUAGAACAACUGAAGAGGCUUUGUCAAACAAACCAUGGUGCAUUAGUAAAAAUUACAUCAAAAUAUGUUCGAUAUUUUUCUCCCCUCUCCCCUACUCGCCUCCUUCGCCCUUACGCCUACUUCAAGAGCUGUAGUUUCUACUCUACCCAUUCCUUCUCGGUGAUAAAACCAGAGAUGGCGGCCACGGCAUUUUCGAACGUAAAAAAGCAGCUUUCAUCCGACCCCAAAAUACGCUUUCAUCGCGGGCUACUACGUUUAUGCUCAUUUUCCUGAUUGGUUUUCAUUGAGCAGCAGACUAUCUUAUUGCCGGCGAACCAUAGUGUUUAGAUCGAGUUUCCUUAAAAAAAAAAUGGCCCGGAAAAUAAGGCAGAUUCAUUACCGGUAAUUUUAUUACAUUUUUAGCAAUAGCAAGCUUGACAGGGGAAUUCUCUCGCAAGACGUAUCAAGUUGUGGACGCCAUAGUAGAAGCGUUGUCGUCACAGACACCACGUGAUAGGUAUUUAGCUGGUGUGGAUGCACGGUUUCUCUUCUCGUGGUUGCCGUUGUUACCUGCCUUUGCGGGAGACACCUUAAACCGGGUAAUAUUCAAGCCACCAUCACCGCUGACCAGCAAGUAA